CUGGCGGCAAAUUCUCGCCGCAACGUUCGAAGUGACAGCUCGCGCCAUGGGACGAGCGCAGGCUGCCAUGGCUCGCUUUGCAGCGCGCCAAGGAGCCAUCGGUUUUCGGAGGCAGUCAACGGCCCGCGAGCUGCCUCUUCUGCCCUACCCGCAGCUUUGCUACGAUAUGGACGCUUUUGCCAGGCGGCUAGGCGAUGUAUGCCGCGUAGGAGAUGGAGGGGCAGGGUGCUUCAUGAUCACCGAGCUCCCAAAGAACCUGUGCCAGCUGCACGAGGAGCUUCUUCAGGGCUCGCGGCAAUUCUUUGCGCUGCCCCUCGCUGAGAAGGAGAAGGUGGACUACCACCAGUCUCGCGAAUUCCGGGGCUACAUGCGCCAGGGUACAGAGAACACCGCCGGCCAAGUGGACUGGCGGGAGCAGGUGGAGUUCGGUCGGGAGGAGCCCAGAAGACAGGCAAGCGAUCAUCUCUACAGCCGCCUAAGAGGUCCCAACCAGUGGCCUUCGCAACCCAGCUCUCUGCGGCCCUUGGUGCUGUCCUGGCUGGAGGAAAUGGAGGAGCUGUCCCGCAAGCUCACCAGGGCGCUAUCCGUAUCCCUAGGUUUGUCGGAAACUUCCCUGGACGGCUACUUCCAGCAGCCGCACGUGCAGGCAAAGAUCGUGCACUACCCACCUUCCAACGGAGGCGGCUUGGGUGUGGGCGCACACGCCGACUCGGGCUUCCUCACCUUGCUGUGGCAGGAUGAGGCAGGGGGGCUGGAGUUCCUGGACGCCCAGGGCUGUUGGAUCCCGGCUUUGCCCAUCCCAGCAUCGAUGGUAUGCAACCUAGGGGAGGUGGUGCAGCUGCUCACGGGAGGGGUGUACCCUGCUACGGUGCACCGGGUGCUGCGGCCAGGAGCGGCGGGACGUGUUUCCCUGCCGUACUUUUGGAAUCCUUCGUUGGACGUGGAGGUUCGCCCCUUGGAGCUGGGUGCGCUGCCCGCGCAGCUCUUGGGGAGGCCCAAGGAGUCCGAAAACAAGAUGCUACCGUCCUACGGAAUGAACGCCUUCAAAAGUUUGGCGCGGAGCCACCCGGAGGUUUUCGCCAGGCACCAUCCGGAUUUGGCUUGCCUGCCGGACGGGGAGGUGGUGUACAAGAGUUCUCUGUGACGCCGCCGAUGACGUUGCACCAGCA